CUCGUAUCGUAUUCCAGGGAUGAAGCCUGCGGAGAUGAUGGACGGGUGGAUUCUGCCUGGUGACGGGUGAGUGAGUCGGACACAAUAAAGAAACACACACGGUGGACGGCCGGAUGAAUGGAUGCAUUUCCAUAUAUGCCUGAAGGACGGCUGUGGUGCGGCAGUUCCCCAUUCCAAAGGCAGGUCACGGGCAGGUCGUCAUCAAAGGUCAGUCACUGUGCACACAAAGGCUUGUAUGCCAUUCAUGUGUGUGUAGAUGUGUUGCUUGGUUUGGCCAGUGAUGGCGUCCACCAUUUCGGAGACAGACAUCCGCGCCAUCUACCGACAACACCUCGGCACCGGAGCUGAGAAAUAUCGCAAUGUCAUCGCGGGGGUGAGCAAAGGACGUGUGGCGAUCAUCCACCCGACCCACCCAAUUGUGGUGUGUGUGCAUCUUCCUUCCCUUUUUUGAUUGGCAUGCAGCACGAGCCAGCCGGUAUAGUGUACUCUGUGGGUGCUGGCUGCCGUCGGCUCAGGGAGGGCGACCGUGUGUGUGUCUACGACGCCAGCCGGUGCGGCCAGUGUGGCGACUGCAGGCGGGGCUAUGCCAUCAGCUGCCCAGCCGACUCGAGAGCGGCGUACGGCUGGCAGAGGGACGGAGGGAUGGCGCAAUACAUGCUCGCUGAAGAAAGGGUCUGUCAGUGAGCGGAGCGAUUGGAUUAAUCGACCCCCUCCCCUCUCUGCGUGUUUGUACUGUUUUCCACUGCAGGACUGCCUGUUGCUUCCCGAGUCUGUGAGCUAUGUGGACGGUGCCUGUGUGGCGUGUUGCUUUGGCACCUGCUACGAGGCGGUCAGGAGGCUGGACGUGUCGGGCGAUGAUCGAUGCCUGGUCGUUGGCUUAGGACCGAUGGGUCUCGCCACAUGCAUGCUCGGUCGGUCGGUACUCACCAGCCACCCCACGACAGACAGACAACACAUUCUCACACAACACAACACACGUGUGUAUGUGUCAUUGUGUGUGUGCCCCUCUUGUGGCUGUCACAGCACGAGCGCGUGGCGCCUCCUUCCUUGUGGGUGUGGACGUCAAUCCUGCGCGGGCGACCCAGUGCAGUCAGCUGAACCUCGCUGACCUGGUGCUGGACGCAGAGGGCGGCGAGGAGGGGCGGCAGCGGUGCCUCCGGGCUGUCAUGGAGGUCACCGAGGGCAUGGGAUGCGAGAAGACCAUCGACACAUCCGGACAUCCUGACGGAAGGCUGCUCGCACUGCAGGUCGGUCCGUCAGCUCAUCCACCCACCUUGCCCACUCACCCACUCAGUGCACAGCACAGCACAUGGCAUGGGCAUAUACCUCGACGGUCUGGCUGUCGUGCGGUGCCGUGAUAUGCAGGCUACGCGUCGGUUCGGGUCGGUGGCGUUGGUGGGCGAGGGCAACCACAUGACCUUCCAGCCCUCAAACGACCUGCUGCACAAGCACAUCGCCAUCCACGGGGUGUGGGUAUCGUCAUACGCCAACAUGGAGGCCCUGCUCGAGAGGCUGGACCGGUGGCGGAUGCAUCCUGAGAAGAUCGUCACGCACUAUUUCGCCCUGGCUGACGCGGCACAGGCGUACGAGACGGUGGACAAGGGCAACUGUGGAAAGGUGGCCGUCAUCACCUCGGAUGAAGAAUGACAGACAGAUAUUGGUACGCGGGCGGCGUGUACGUGUGUGUAUGUGGAUGUGGCGAGCACUCUCAGACGUAACUGUGUAGGUAGGUGUGUCGAGUCUGUAUAUCGUUCUGUACGUCUGUCUGUCUGUCAGUCAGUGGAUUAUUUUCUGUGAAUGUUUUUCUUUUAUGGCCAGCGGGAUUUAUUUGUCCAGUGCGUGUGGACGAGAUCAGGAAAUGGAUGGAUGGAUGGAUGGAUGGAUGACGUGAAGAGCCUUUCGUCUGUACAGGCGUUGAAUCGG